UGAAUGCACUUGAUUCCUUCCUUUUCAGAAAAAAAGGAUGCAAAUUCAGAAUGAGAUCUUAAGUAAAAUGUUGGAGGGUGGCAGUCAUGUAAUUUGAAGGCAGCUGUGCAAAAUCAAAAGUUGCAGUGCUGUGUGAUUUCUCUUGUUUGGAUAAUGGCAUAUUCAUCUGUAUGCCGAGAUUGAAUAGCAUUCAAAGAACGUUGUGAGAAUGUCCCCAAUGUCGUAUUCCUGCUUGAGAGACUGGAUACUUGAUUUGUGACUUCACCUCUGCUCUUUGUCAUGCUGAUGGAGACCCUCUCUUUUGAAACACAAAGCAAUCAAAAGAUUGCUGGGGAGUAGAUGGCAUGGUUAAGGUGUAACCUUUCCCAAUCCAUUUCUUUGCUAUAAAAAUGCCUAUUCACUCAAGAUGCUGUUUAAUUACAGUUAAAUUGGAACAAGGCCACUAUGAAGGUGGUCUUUGAUGUUGUGAUAGAUUUCCACUAUUGUACACUUAGUUUAGAGCUACGGUGCGGAAACAGGGCCUUCGGCUCACCGAGUCCACACUGACCAGUGACAGUAACGCUAUCCUACACACAAACACGAGGGACAAUUUUACAUGUAUACCAAGCCAAUUAAACUACAAACCUGUACGUCUUUACAGUGUGGGAGGAAACCGAAGAUCUCGGAGAAAACCCAUGUAGGUCACGGGGAGAACGUACAAACCCCAUACAGACAGCACCCGUCGUCAGGAUCGAACCCAGUUGUGCUGGUGUUAAGAACUGACGGAAUGAGAAGUCAGCAUGGAUGCCCAGUCACGCAGAACUACUGCAGCUGAAAAGAAAAAAGUCGAAAAUUCCAUUGUAAAGGGAUCGUGCACAGAUGUCAGUGAAAAAGCCAUAGCCUCCAGUACUACGUCCAAUGAUGAUGAAAGUCCUGCCACCUAUCACAGAGAAAGAAGAAACGCAAUUGCAAUGCAGCCACACACAGGUGGGCAGAGUUUGGGCAAAAUCGGUGAAGAGCCAUCAACUUCCAGUGAAGAGCGAGCUUCUCUAAUAAAGAAGGAAUUCCAUGGGUCUUUGUCACAUAUACCUGAGCCUUCUAUCCCCUACCGCGGGGCACUCUUUACCAUGGAUCCAAGAAAUGGCUACAUGGAGUCACACUAUCCUCCACACCCCCUUUUCCCGUCCUUCCAUCCACCUGUUCCAAUUGAUGCCAGACAUCACGAAGGACGUUACCACUAUGACCCAACACCUCUUGCCCCGCUGCACCUGCCUCACUCCCUUUCAGGCAGCCCAGCAUUUUCCGACAUCUCGCUCAUCAGAAUUUCCCCACUCAGAACUCCUGUAGGCACUUCAGAGCCUGUGUUUAACCCACCGCAUCCAUACAUUAACCCCUAUGUGGACUACAUCAGGUCUCUACACAGCAGCCCCUCUCUGUCAAUGAUCUCAGCAGCAAGAGGACUCAGCCCGAACGACGUACCACAUGCUGGAGUCAACCCAGCAGAGUAUUACCACCAGAUGGCUCUGUUGACUGGUCACCGUAGUCCAUAUAGUGACAUCCUCCCUCCGGCUGGCACGGCUAGUGCACUUCACAUGGACUAUCUCCAUGCAAUGGAGGGCUGCCGAUUCCCCAGUCCAAGGCUGUCAGCCAGACCAAGCCGAAAGCGCACCCUGUCUAUAUCCCCAUUGUCUGAUCCCAACUUUGACCUUCAGACGAUGAUAAGAACUUCCCCCAACUCCUUGGUCACCAUCCUCAAUAACUCCCGCAGCAGUUCCUCCACCAGUGGCUCCUAUGGUCACUUAUCUGCAGGUGCAAUAAGUCCCGCUCUCAGCUUUCCUUAUCCUGCUACGCCGGUUGCCAUCCAACAGAUGCACCACCAGAUCAUGAGCCGUCAGCAAUCUCUGGGCUCUGCCUUUGGCCACAGUCCUCCUCUCAUCCACCCUGCUCCAACAUUUGCUCCACAACGCCAUGUGCCGGGCCUAUCCACUGUACUCGCCUCUGCUCAGAUCGCCUCCUGCCCGUCCGAAUCUGCUCAGAGUAAGCCAACGAGUGAGUCUGCAGUCAGCAGCACGGGUGAUCCAAUGCAACAUAAGCGUUCACGGAUUAAAGCUGAUGAAGAACUGCCGAGCCCAGGAGGUGGGAGUGAGCAGGAACAGCCAGAAGGAAUGACGCUGGUCAAAGAGGAGGUGGAUAAAGAUGAAAGCAAGCAAGAGCCAGAAGUCAUUUACGAAACAAACUGCCACUGGGAAGGGUGCUCAAGAGAAUUUGACACACAGGAGCAGUUAGUCCAUCACAUUAACAAUGACCACAUCCACGGAGAGAAGAAAGAGUUUGUGUGCCGGUGGCUGGACUGCUCUCGAGAACAGAAGCCAUUCAAAGCCCAGUACAUGCUUGUGGUACAUAUGAGGCGACAUACUGGGGAGAAGCCGCACAAGUGCACUUUUGAAGGCUGUGCAAAGGCCUACUCCAGACUAGAAAACUUGAAAACACACCUGCGGUCUCACACUGGAGAAAAACCGUACGUCUGUGAGCAUGAGGGCUGUAACAAAGCGUUCUCUAAUGCAUCCGAUCGGGCAAAGCACCAGAACAGAACUCACUCUAAUGAGAAACCUUACGUCUGUAAGAUACCUGGCUGCACAAAGCGCUACACUGAUCCCAGUUCCCUACGAAAACACGUUAAGACAGUUCAUGGCCCAGAGGCUCACAUUACAAAGAAACAACGUGGAGAUAUUCACCCAAGACCUCCAGCACCCAGGGAUUCAGCCAACAACUCCCAGUCCAAAUCACCUGGACAUCAGCAGGCUGAGCUGAACAACGCUACCUCAAAGCGCGAAGAAUGUCAACAAGUUAAAGCCAUCAAGAAAGAGAAACCAAUGACAUCUCAGCCAAGCCCUGGUGGUCAGUCUACGUGCAGCAGUGAACCGUCCCCCUUCAGCAACCACUCCAACAGUGGGAUCGAGCUUCAUCUGAAUAGCGGAGGCAGCGUGGGAGAUCUCAGUGCCACUGAUGAGACACCGAUCAUGGACUCUACAGUUUCCACAGCAACCACAGCAUUAGGCCUGCAGGCCAGAAGGAAUUUGACAGGGACCAGGUGGAUGGAGCAGCUAAAGGUGGAGAGGUUGAAACAAGUCAAUGGAUUCCUUCCCAGAGUCAACACUGUGCCAGCAACCAAAAACAUAUCUUUGCCUCCUCUUCCAGGAAGUGGCUCUCAGCUGGACAGCUCUAGUGUUGGAGGAUCCAUGACUAUCAUGCCAAACAGAAAUGAACUUUCAAACGCAGAUGUCACUACGUUAAAUAAGCUGAAUGAGAGACGAGACAGCACCACUAGUACCAUUAGCUCUGCAUACAUGAGCAGUCGCAGGUCUUCUGGCAUUUCACCAUAUCUUUCAAGUAGAAGGUCCAGUGAGGUCUCCCAGGCUGAAGGCCGACCACACAACCUGAGUGUCACCGAUUCAUAUGAUCCCAUCUCAACAGAUGCAUCAAGGCGAUCAAGUGACGCUAGCCAAUGUGGUGGGCUGCCUGGACUAUUGAGCCUUACUCCAGCACAGCAUUAUAGGCUGAAAGCUAAAUAUGCUGCAGCCACUGGUGGGCCUCCUCCAACUCCAUUGCCAAAUAUGGAGCGGAUGAGCUUAAAGGCAAGGAUGGCCCUGCUGGGUGACUAUAGAGAUGCCGAUAUAUUUUCAUUGCCUCAAAUAAAUGUUUCUCGGAGGUGCAGUGAUGGGGCAUACAAUACAUUUGGCAGGAGGCCACUGUUGCCUAAUGAUGUGUCAGGCCAUGGAAUACGAAGAGCCAGUGAUCCAGUGAGAACAGUUGCAGAAUCCUUCUCGACACACCCAGUACAUCGUAAUAACAGUCUUAACAAUAUUAAUCCUGUCGCUGUGCCUCCCUCAUUGGAGCGACAUAACUUCAGCCUUCAGAACUACACUCGCUCUGAUGGGAACCUCCAUCGAAGUAUCUACUCUCCUUGUCCUCCAAGUAUCAGUGAGAAUGUUGUUCAGGAGGCCAUUGCUAUGGAGGCUUAUGACCACAUUGACGAGGAUAUCUUGCCGGAUGAUGUAGUCCAGUACAUUAGCUCACAAAGCAAUGAAGUAGGCAGUCGCCUACAGAGUGAACUAAAUAUGGCAAAUCUGGACAUAUAUGACCACCUGCCAAACAUGCCCUUAAGUGAAAUGCAGCAGGAUCACAUAGUCGCCAUGCCUUCUUUUGACCAGUCUCAGUCUGCAAUCCAGCAGUUUGCCAGCCCACAGGUGAAUUCCCAAACAAAUAAGGAUGACCUGCCAAUUCAAUGGAACGAAGUUAGCUCAGGAAGUAUUGACAUGUCACCUCAAAAACAGAAAUACAGGCAACGAGCCGUGGGUAGUGUGCUACAGAGUCGGAUGCCUGGGCUGUUUACCAGCACCACUAAUCCCCCACAAAACCUUCCAACGGUUCACCAGAAUGCAUUUGCAUGUCAGCCAAAUGGGUAUCAACAGUGCAUGGAAGUGGCGCCGAAUGUUCAACGAAGUAUUAAAAUUCCAGCUCCCCAAACAAACAAAAGUCAUCAGCAUAACCAAAACCUCAACAGGCAGAUGUUCAUUCCUGCAACUGGGGAGUUCCCGUACGUUGCGGAUUUACCAAACCGAGAGUUGGAGUCAGAUAACUUACAAGGCGUUGGCAGCCAAGAUGGAUCACAAUACCCUUCAUUAGUGUCACGGCAUCCAGCUGCAAAGGUGACCAAUGGGAUGCAAAACCGAAACAUGAUGGUGCAGAAUUUCAAUCAGUGUCAGCAAGUUGCCAAUCAGCAAACAAUGGAAGGGUUACUUUUCCACUAUGUGAAUGGCUCUGCUCCAGCAAGCAUCAGUGAUUUAGGCAUUAUUGGAUUUAGUAACCAGCCACCUCAAGCUGCUGUUUUUCCAGGGCUUCAAGGGUCCCAACAAAUUUCUCACAGUUCAGGAAAUCAACAGUUUGCCGUGCAUACACCGAAAGGUCAUCAAAUGUAUACAAGCCACAAUGCCAACAAGCAGCCAAGUCUACCGACGAACCGAGUUACCCACCAGCAAAGCAGUUUAGGUAACAUGAACCCAAUUUACCGCAUGACCAGUAUUAAGACAGAGAUACAAGACAUGCCACAGAACCUGAACAGUUCAUGCUCCAAUGUGCAGCAUUACAUUCGGCAAGGUUAUAACCAAAACUCUACCUUCAAACAGCAAGCCAGGAAAAACGUCAAGUUCACAGGUCAGGAGACUAACUUCCAGCUGCAGCAGACUGGCCAUAGCAAGUCAACAGAGCUGCUUUCUCCAGGUUCCAAUCAAGUGACUAGCACUGUUGAUGGCAAUAGCCUAGACACUGUACAGAUUGAUUUUGAUGCCAUCCUAGAUGAUGAAGACCAUCGCAGUUUAAUUUCAGGAGCCCUGAGUCCAAGCAUUCUGCAAAAUUUCUCCCAGACUUCUUCACGUCUCAAUACCCCACGCACAUCUCUCACAUUCCAUAGCAUGCCCGUGAGCACCACAAAUAUGGCCAUUGGUGAUAUGACCUCCUUGCUGACUUCACUCGCAGAAGAAAGUAAAUUCUUAACAGUGAUGCCAUAAAGAUCCAGAUAAUGGGCAGGGUAUUUUUUUCUCCUUUAGCCACCUAUGUACAUUUUAGCAAUUUCGACCCAACAAAGGGAUGCAUUCUACUAAAUCCCUGAUGUGGGAUUAAAGGUGUCCCCUCGUGCCAUGCAUGGGAGAAUGUGUCUUCCACUGCAGUAACAGAUUUAAAUUGAACAGCGUCAGUAUUUUAAGUUAGUUUGUGUUUCUUUUUCACUUUGUUUACUGAAUAAAGAACUACGGUAAAUGUUUAAUAUGCAUGUUUAGAACAUUUAAAGGCCAAACAUAAGCACUGUUCCCUGUAGUUAUUGUAAUGACAAUGUUUUUGUGCAUUUCGUGUGAUGUCAACAUUUUUACAAGCGAUAUUUCACACAAGGGUAAUGUUUAAUGAGUGACUGUCCUUGUGAAACUAUUGGCAAAUAUGAUUGGUUUCACAAUCGAAACCAAGAGAAGUCGUUUGCUCAGGUAGGUCUUAUUGAUAUUUCUACUCUGUUGACCUACAGAAGUAUUAAACGUGAUGUGAAGGCUUCACAGCCAGGAUGCUUUUAUUGACUGUUGAAUGGAAUACUUGUACGGUUUUCAAUUGUUUCAUUAGUUUUUGUUUUUGUUUAACUUUUGUUUGCCAAGAAAGCCAUAUGGAGACCAGUACUAGUUGUAGAACAUUUAGUAUAGUGUUUGUUUGGAUCUGUAGUACUGUAUACAUUCUAAAGUAGAUGUGAUCAUUCUAGGGAAGCAUAGUAAACUAGAACAUAUUGGUUGUGCUUCACAAAAAGCAGCAUGUUAUUUGCUGGAUGUUGAUAAGGUAUGUGCCUUAUUUCUUGUCAGUUUUACACAUCGGGACCAACAGUACUGCCAAAUCUUAGACUUGAUAGCUGUGCUUGAUGUUAAGCCAUUCGUACUUUAUUGUUUAGUAUUUCCUGUUUGAGAUAUCACAUUGGCAGCUUAGGACUCGUGCUUUAAAGCUUAUUGUCUAUCUGAUUUUAAAAAAAAAACUUUACCAUUGUAGUUUAUCUUGUAAAAUACACACUGUACUCUCAGUAUUUUUCAGUAUUUUUUAGAUUUUUUUUCAGUGACAGCAAUGAUAAAAUGUAAUCCUUUUAAUGUAAAUACCUUCAUGUAGAAUUAGAAUAGCCAUACUGAAUUUCAUUGGUGUUGGCACUUUAAGCUCCACCAAGACAUCAAGCGGCUUUCCAUCGGACUCAACUCUGUAGCAGUGUAUGUAAACAUUGGACUUAUUUCGCUUUGAGAACUACUUAGCGGUUGUGCAACAAAGGAACAAAAGUUUGUACAAUUUUAAUAAACCUCUCAUUCU